UCAGAAGGUUUUUGGAGUGAUUCUGCAAUAUUAUCUUCUCCAACGCCGCCACCAGUACCGAAACAUCGCUAUCACUCGGAGAUUGAAGAAUACACCGAAAAACAAAUCACUGAUAUCGGAUACAGUCCGACUUCAACCGUUCCGGAAUUCAUUCGACCUUUUCAAAAUGAGUACCUCGUCACUGAGGGCGAAAAAUUUAAAAUGGACUGCCUGAUGAUUGGUAAUCCUCGCCCAAAAGUGCACUGGUAUUUUAACGACCAAAUUAUCAACGUGAACUCGAGAUUCUGCACC